GGAUUAUCAAAAAUUAAAGUGUGUUAAACCUUGAGAAUCUGAUAUUAGUAAGAAUUUGAAACUAAUCAUUCAAGCUUUGAUCAGCAAUCUUCAAAUCCAAUGAGGAAAACAAUACAUCUUAUCAUGCAUACUAAAAUUACUAGUUAAUGGAUGUACAUAGUUUAAGAUUAGACUGAUCUGAUUUGCUGAAAUACUUGCUAUCAGUAAUCUAUAAAGCAAUAAGAAUGAAUGAAAUUGAAAAUAAUAAUUUUGAAAAAAAAGAACAAUCAUUAAUGGAUUUUUGCAUAAAAGUAUCGUUACAUGAUGAAGGACAUAAUAAAAUAAGUGUGUUAAUGAUGAGUAUGAUGAAUUCAUGUUGGUGUAUUGCAAUAAAAUAAAUAAAUUGUUUUUAAAUUCAAAUUUUCAAUUUUCAAAAUUUUUGA